CCCCUUGCGCGCAGAUGCUUGUUUAUAUCGUAUGAGUAUGGCAUAGACGCCUACGGAAAAGGCAUAUAUGAUAUCUAUUUCGUGAGUUUUUGGAUCAUUGCCUUUACUUUUCUACGCGCGGGUAUGAUGAAAUACAUCUUCUCUCCUAUGGCAGGCUUGUGGGCUAUUCCUUCAACAACUAAGCGCCAGAGAAUCGCAGAACAAAGCUUUAUCUGCUUCUACUAUACUCUCUUUUGGUCCCUUGGAAUGUAUAUCAUGUACAACAGCCCCCAUUGGUUUGACACGACCCAUUACUGGAUUGACUACCCGCACAUCUUUAUAUCCCGCAUCACAAAAUAUUAUUACUUGAUGCAAACUGCUUUUUGGUUCCAGCAGAUUUAUGUUCUCCAUGUUGAAAAGAAACGCAAGGACCACCUGGCUAUGCUGCUCCACCAUAUCAUCACAAUAAUUUUGCUGGUAGCCAGCUACUACACUAACUUUACUCGGAUUGGCAACAGUGUUCUUUGUUGCAUGGAUCUCGCAGACGUCUUCUUAUCAUUUGCGAAGAUUCUCAAAUACCUCGGUUACUCAAAUGUGUGCGAUGUUGUCUUUGGUCUGUUCGCCGUUUUCUGGCCUAUAACUCGGCAUGUUCUAUUUUCUAUUAUUAUCUGGUCUACAGCGGUCGAACCCCCGAAAUACCUUGAUAUGCUAUGGGAGCCAUCUAAGGGGAAAUAUUUUACACCAUUUACCCAAAAGAUUUAUCUUGGCCUCUUUUUGCUCCUCAAUAUUCUGAUGUUCUACUGGUUCCUGAUGAUCAUCAAGGUGAUUGUCAAGGUUCUCCAGGGAAAUAAUGCAGAGGACACCCGGAGUGAUGAUGAG